AGUCAAAUUCCUCUGCCCGAGAGGAGGCGGGACUGGCCUCCAAAGUCACGGAGCUGCACGAAGCUCCGGGGCGGCGGUGGAAACUUCGCGGCGGAGCCUCUGAGUUGUGGCGGACACGGUGACCAUGGCAGCAGAAGGAGCGGCUGUGGACGCGGGGAGCGGCCCGGACCAGAGCCCCCUGGUCUCAGUGACCUUCCAGAGAGACCCGGCCAGGAAGCAGAAAUACCUGGAGUCCGAACCCAAGGCUCUGGGGAUCACUCAGAUCAGCCUCAGCGUGUUUCAGAUCAGCGUGGUUUCUGUGUUCAUGGCCCGGGGAUUGGACCACGUACCAGUUGAGAUACCGUUCAUCAUCGCAUCACUGCUGGUGAUAAUAGCUGGGAGUGUGGCCAUAGCAGCACAGAACCUUCAUCUGCCCACUCUGAAGGCCUGUCUGGGGAUGCAGAUUGUGGCGUGCAGUGCGUCCCUGUUCAACAUGCUCCUCGCUGUCAUUAAACUGGAAGAUCACAGCUUCUCCUGCUGGUAUUUCAAUGAAAUUAACGGCACAGUUCAUUUCCCCAGUCUUUGCCGCCAACUCGAGGACGCCUAUUCCCACCUGUGCUCUGAGAGCAUUCUCGUUCAGGCUGCUCUGGUGGCUAUCUCCAUCACUCUGGCUGCCUACUGCUGCAAGGUGGUCAACUGCUGCUCCCCGGCCCCCAAAAUGCCGGUGAUCACUGUACAAGCCCCUCCUGCCCCCGCAGCCAGGACAGAUGCUGUCUGAGAACUGAAACUUCAAUAUGCAUUUUGUAAUACAAAUUACAAAAAUACAGUAUUAUCCUGUGUUAUAUGAAAUCGUUUUGUUUGCACUUGAUAUCUAUGUUUUUAUAAGGACAAUCUCCACUGACUUUUAGGAUAGCCUGAUGAUGUUUGAUUGUUGAUUACAAUGGACUAAAAUGUACUAAAUGUAUUAACACAUAAUGAUGGACGCUGUGGAGAGUAUUUGUUAUUUGUGCAUAAGGGUUACUCACACUUUUGGAGACAUAUAUAAUGUGUUGUAGUAAAUAGCAUCAAACUAAUCUAAGUCAUUUGAGGAAAAAAAGCAUAAAUGAAUGACUGAAAAUAUCAUUGAUUUUUUUAA